AUGAAAAUUUCGGGACAUAGGGGUGAUGUCCUCGAGCUAAACGCGAUGCUCAUGACACAGACGGUUGUGUCGGCUCUUGGUCAGGCUCAGAACUCUGCUUCCUCAAUCGCCCCGAAUCGCCACGAUCCAACAACUGCCGCAGGUUCCACCGGACGGGAGGAUCCCUACCUUGCCGCAUACACGUCGACCUCGUCUACGCUGAUGAAUGGGAUCGUGGGUACGGCACCGCCAGGUGCUAUGUACGUACGCGCCCUAUACGACUACGAAGCUGAUGACAGGACCAGUCUCAGCUUUCACGAGGGCGAUGUCAUUCAGGUUAUCACGCAGCUCGAGAGCGGCUGGUGGGAUGGCGUUAUCAAUGGCGUUCGCGGCUGGUUUCCCAGCAACUAUUGUGAAAUCAUAAACGACGUACCUGAACCCGAGCCGAAUGGAUUCAUCGACUCGGUUGAGGAGGAUCCUGAGGAGGAUGACUACGAGAACGGAUUCGACGACGAAGAGGAGGAUGAUGAUGACCAGGACCUGGCCGGCGGUUUGCCGAUGGAACGGCCAGAUUCCCACAGCAGAUCUGGCGCAGAUUUUUGGAUACCACAAGCGACGCCCGACGGUCGAUUAUUUUACUACAACACCAUGACUUUUGAGACUAGCGUAGAAUUGCCCUUGGAAUCGCCUACAUCGAUGAACGAAUCCGGGCCCCGCGAUCGGAUGAAUGUGAACCUUCCGGACAGGACACGACCGCCUCCGGAGAUGAUGGCAAGGGGCCUUACACAAGACGAAGAUGAGGAUUCGGACGCGAAUUCCGCUUCCGAGUUGGAUGGCGAGUCUAUCAUGAUGGCAUCGCAGACUCUCGGGUCAAAUAAUCGCGUGCCUCAUCUGAAGGAUACUCUAUCGCCAUCUAUUUCGAUGGACUCCAUGAACGGGCAACAGUCGAUUACUCGAACUCGCGGCGACACGUUCGGUGGCACCCAGGCCAUGAGCCAGACACCAAUGAUCGCAUCUGCUACCUCUUUUACCACCUUCAAUCUCCCCAGCGCCGCCACCAUACCCCGCUCCUUCUUCGACGAUGGUAGCACACCUCCCCUUACCUGGAGCCGCUUGGUAAACAACAUGAAGCGGUCCAUAGAACGAUAUCGCGAAGCAAUCCAAAGUGGCAGCCGAUCCGAGUAUGUUGCACGAGCAGAGGAUAUAUCGGACCAUCUCAGGCUACUUUUAGCUGCAGGUUCUGGAACAACAGACAACCACUCGGGUCAGCCCUCUAUUAUUUCAACAAACAAAGCACUGUAUCCGCACUUUCGUGACAUGAUGUCCAAGUUCUCAAAACUUGUCAUAUCAUCGCACAUUGCCGCCGCGGACUGGCCGAACCAGGAGUCCGUACAGAAAUGCUUGUCAGAAGCCGAUGGGGUCCUGCUUGGUGUGUUCAGUUAUGUUGAAGUCGCCAGACAGCAAAGAGGCGAGGAAAUUCCCCGGCUCUUCCCUGGCUUCGUUAUAGGAAGUACUACUGGUGGAAGCUGGCAGAAUAACGGUCUCGCAGGUCGCGAUCCCAUAACGUCCAACUUCCUAGAAGACGAGGAGGGCGUCGUCGAGCCCACAGCUGUACUUGACGGUAAGCUGCUUGAGAGAUUAGACGAACUCAAGAGGUUACUUGUCUCCAGUAUCAGGGAACUUGACAAGAGCCUCGUUCUGCCUGACAAGGUCAUUUCGCCCUACCGUCAUGAGGUUAUUGGCAAUAAUAUCUGCUCUGCGGGAGGCAGAGUUCUGGACACGUUCAAACCUUGGAUAGCCAUGAUCGAGUCCAUCGAUCUGUCGUCCCUUGGGAAUACAUUCCAAACCCCACAGCUGGCCGACUUCAGCCUAAACAAGCAGAGCCUUUACGACAACAUUUCAGAUCUCAUCCUCGGAUGUCAGGCUGUAGCAGGUCCCCUCUCGGACGAGUGGUCGGAAGUAAGGGGGGAGUCGCUUGAGAACCGUCUAGAGUACGUGAGGCAGUGUGGGAGGACUCUGGAGACAAAUGCAUCUCACGUGGGAUUCUCUUUGCAGCUACUCUCAGAACAAGUGCAGAUCAACAUGCAGCAGCAAGUCGAAUCUCGCGUACGCGAAGAACCAUUUGUGCGCCAGCCGCUCCAGAGAACGGAGACAAUGCCAUACCAGCCCAGCGGUCACCUGCGAACAGAGAGCCGAGGAAUCGGCGCCCCUCAGCGUCCUGGCUAUGUGCAAUCCGUGUCUGUUGAUGGUGCGGACCUUAUUGCGCCAAACAACAAAUUCCGCAAGAUUGGUGAGAACUCCAAAGUGCGCAAGAUACUUGGAGAGGACUUCUCACCUCAGGCCCCGCCGGUUGAUGAGACGCCUGAAUUCCUCAAACUCAACUAUGAGGAUGACAUUCAGUGGGAGACCAAGACCCAGCCGCCGACGGUCAAGGGCGGCACGCUUUUGGCGCUGGUCGAGCAGCUUACACGCCACGACAAGCUGGAUUCCAAUUUCAACAAUACCUUCUUACUUACGUACCAGUCGUUCACGACAGCACGUGAGCUCUUUGAGCUGCUGGUCAAGCGAUUCGGAAUCCAACCUCCGGAGGGACUCAGCCAGCAGGAAUAUGAUAUUUGGAGGGACAGGAAACAAAAGCCGAUCCGCUUCCGUGUUGUCAACAUUUUGAAGAACUGGUUUGACAACUUCUGGAUGGAAGAUUCGAGUUUGGAAGAAACGAAGCAGUUGAUUCGGGACGUCUACACGUUUGCCAGAGAUACUGUCAAGUCUACGGAAACGCCGGGAUCAGCACCACUGAUGGCACUGCUGGAUCAACGGUUGACCGGGAAGGAGGUGUCGGCGAGGCGCAUGGUGCAGAACUCCAACCAGGCGGCACCAGCGCCAAUCAUGCCCAAGAACAUGAAGAAGCUCAAGUUCCUCGAUAUCGAUGUCAUAGAGUUUGCCCGCCAGCUCACGAUAAUCGAAUCAAGGCUAUAUGCCAAGAUCAAGCCUACCGAGUGCUUGAACAAGACCUGGCAAAAGAAGCAGGGCGAAGGAGAACCGGAGCCGGCGCCGAACGUCAAGGCUCUCAUCUUGCACUCAAACCAGAUGACGAACUGGGUGGCCGAAAUGAUUUUGGCCCAGUCGGAUGUCAAAAAGCGAGUUGUGGUCAUUCGUCACUUUGUGGCUGUGGCAGAUCGUUGCCGCAUGCUCAACAACUUUUCAACUUUGACUUCCAUCAUAUCGGCUCUCGGCACCGCACCGAUCGCUCGACUCAAGAGGACUUGGGACAUUGUUCCAGCAAAGGCCCAAGCCACUCUGGAGAGCAUGCGAAAGCUGAUGGCAAGCACCAAGAAUUUUGGGGAGUACAGAGAGGCAUUGCAUGCCUCAAAUCCUCCAUGUAUCCCCUUCUUCGGCGUAUAUCUUACGGACCUCACCUUCAUUGAGGAUGGUAUACCGUCGAUCAUCAAAAAGACAAACCUCAUCAACUUUGCCAAGCGGGCCAAGACAGCAGAGGUCAUUCGCGAUAUUCAACAAUACCAGGCUGUGGUAUAUUCGUUGCAGCCAGUCAACGAACUCCAAGAUUACAUCUUGAGUAACAUGUCAGCCGCGGGCGAUGUGCAUGAGAUGUAUGACAAGAGUCUGCAAGUUGAGCCACGUGAGCGCGAGGAUGAGAAGAUAGUGAGGGUGCUCGCCGAGUCUGGAUUCCUGUGA